GCCCCAUGAGCCGGGGCGCGGGCGCGCUUCAGCGCCGGACAACGACCUACCUCAUCUCGCUGACCCUGGUCAAGCUCGAGUCGGUGCCUCCGCCACCGCCUUCUCCAUCUGUGGCCGCGGUCGCCACCUCGGGUGCCAGAGGCAACGAAGCCGGGGAUCCUGGUAGCCCCCGAGGCUCGGAGGAGCCGGGCAAGAAGCGGCACGAGCGUCUCUUCCACCGGCAGGAUGCGCUGUGGAUCAGCACGAGCAGCGUGGGUGCGGGGGGCGCAGAGCCCCCCACCCUGUCCCCAGCUCCGGCCAGUCCGGCCCGCCCAGUCUCCCCCGCUCCCGGCCGCCGCCUUUCCCUCUGGGCCGCCCCUCCGGGACCCCCGCUCUCCGGGGGGCUGAGCCCCGACCCCAAACCCGGGGGUGCCCCCACCUCCUCCAGGCGCCCCCUACUCAGCAGCCCGAGCUGGGGGGGCCCGGAACCCGAAGGCCGAGCGGGUGGCGGCGUCCCUGGCUCGUCCUCCCCGCACCCUGGCACCGGCAACCGGAGGCUCAAGGUGGCGCCUCCUCCGCCCGCUCCCAAGCCUUGCAAGACGGUGACCACGAGUGGAGCCAAAGCCGGCGGGAGCAAGAACACGGGUAGCCGUCUGUCAUGGCCGGAAAGCGAGGGCAAGCCCAGGGUCAAGGGGUCAAAGAGCAGCUCUGGGACUGGAGCUUCUGCCUCUGCGGCUGCCGCCACCGCGGUAGUCGCUGGAGGAGCAGGUGGUGCAGCCACGACCUCUGGUGGGGUCGCGACUGGGGCCGGAGUCCGAGGGAAAUUGUCCCCUCGGAAAGGCAAGAGUAAGACCUUGGACAACAGUGACUUGCACCCGGGUCCGACUAUCGCCUCUCCUCCGCUGACCGUGCCAGCAACCCCAACUCCUGCCGCUGCUGUCGCUGCCGCCUCCGCGCAGUCCCCCGGGCCUGCACCUCCAAUCACUCUGGAACCCCCAGCUCCGGGGCUGAAACGGGGCCGGGAGGGGGGCCGAGCAUCCACUCGCGACCGCAAGAUGCUCAAGUUUAUCAGCGGCAUCUUCACCAAGAGCACUGGGGGGCCUCCUGCCUCCGGGCCCCUUCCCGGACCUCCGGGCCUGUCUUCUGGCAGCGGGUCCAGGGAGCUGCUGGGCGCAGAGCUCCGCACCUCCCCUAAGGCUGUGGUCAAUAGCCAGGAAUGGACUUUGAGCCGCUCCAUUCCUGAACUGCGCCUGGGUGUGCUGGGUGACACCAGGAGUGGGAAGUCAUCACUCAUCCACCGAUUCCUGACCGGUUCAUAUGAGGUGCUGGAGAAGACAGAGAAUGAGCAGUACAAGAAGGAGAUGUUGGUUGAUGGACAGACUCAUCUGGUGCUAAUCCGAGAGGAAGCUGGGGCACCUGAUGCCAAGUUCUCAGGCUGGGCAGAUGCUGUGAUCUUUGUCUUCAGCCUGGAGGAUGAGAACAGUUUCCAAGCUGUGAGCCGUCUCCACGGGCAGCUGAGUUCCCUCCGGGGGGAGGGACGAGGAGGCCUGGCCUUGGCACUGGUGGGGACACAAGACAGGAUCAGUGCUUCCUCCCCUCGGGUGGUGGGCGAUGCUCGUGCCCGGGCCCUGUGUUCAGAAAUGAAACGCUGCAGCUACUAUGAGACGUGUGCAACCUAUGGGCUCAAUGUGGACCGGGUCUUCCAGGAGGUGGCCCAGAAGGUGGUGACCUUACGCAAACAGCAACAGCUUCUGGCUGCCUGCAAGUCCCUGCCCAGCUCCCCAAGCCACUCAGCUGCUUCCACCCCUGUAGCUGGGCAGGCUAGUAACGGGGGCCACACUAGCGACUACUCUUCUUCCCUCCCAUCUUCACCCAAUGUCGGUCACCGGGAGCUUCGAGCUGAGGCAGGUGCAGUGGCUGGAUUGAGCACCCCAGGCUCCCUGCACCGGGCAGCCAAGCGCAGGACCAGCCUUUUUGCGAAUCGUCGGGGUAGUGACUCCGAGAAACGAAGCUUGGACAGUCGGGGAGAGACGACAGGGAGUGGGCGAGCCAUCCCCAUCAAACAAAGUUUCCUACUAAAACGAAGUGGCAAUUCCUUGAACAAAGAAUGGAAGAAGAAAUAUGUGACCCUGUCUAGUAAUGGCUUCCUACUCUACCACCCCAGCAUUAACGAUUACAUCCACAGUACCCAUGGCAAGGAGAUGGACUUGCUACGAACAACAGUCAAAGUCCCUGGGAAGCGGCCUCCAAGGGCCAUCUCUGCUUUUGGCCCCUCAGCCAGCAUUAAUGGGCUGGUCAAGGACAUGAGCACUGUCCAGAUGGGUGAAGCUCCUGAUGCCACGACUCCCAUGCCAAGCCCCAGCCCCAGCCCCAGUUCCCUGCAGCUACCACCAGACCAGACAUCCAAGCACCUGCUGAAGCCAGACCGGAAUUUGGCCCGAGCCCUCAGCACUGACUGUACCCCAUCUGGAGAUCUGAGCCCCCUAAGUCGAGAACCCCCUCCUUCUCCCAUGGUGAAGAAGCAGCGGAGGAAAAAACUGACAACACCAUCUAAGACUGAAGGCUCAGCUGGGCAGGCUGAAGCCAAGCGCAAAAUGUGGAAACUAAAAUCCUUUGGUAGUUUAAGAAAUAUUUAUAAAGCAGAGGAAAACUUCGAGUUCCUGAUUGUAUCCAGCACCGGUCAGACGUGGCAUUUUGAGGCAGCCAGUUUUGAGGAGCGAGAUUCCUGGGUCCAGGCCAUUGAGAGUCAGAUCCUAGCCAGUCUGCAAUGCUGUGAGAGCAGCAAGGUCAAGCUGCGCACAGAUAGCCAAAGCGAAGCCGUGGCCAUCCAAGCAAUCCGGAACGCCAAGGGGAACUCUACCUGCGUGGACUGUGGGGCCCCCAACCCUACUUGGGCCAGCUUGAACCUGGGAGCGCUCAUAUGCAUCGAGUGUUCCGGGAUCCACCGCAACCUGGGCACACACCUCUCCCGUGUUCGCUCGCUGGACUUGGACGACUGGCCGCGGGAGCUGACCCUGGUGCUGACUGCCAUUGGCAACGACAUGGCCAAUCGCGUGUGGGAGAGCGACACGCGGGGCCGCGCCAAGCCCACACGGGACUCUUCGCGGGAAGAGCGCGAGUCGUGGAUUCGCGCCAAGUACGAGCAGCUGCUGUUCCUGGCGCCGCUGGGCACCCCCGGAGAGCCCCUGGGCCGCCAGCUGUGGGCCGCGGUGCAGGCCCAGGACGUGGCCACCGUUCUGCUGCUUCUGGCCCAUGCACGACACGGGCCGCCAGACACCAGCGUAGAAGACCCGCAGCUCCGUUCCCCGCUUCACCUGGCGGCCGAGCUCGCACACGUCGUCAUCACGCAACUGCUGCUGUGGUACGGCGCCGACGUGGCGGCCCGCGAUGCCCAGGGCCGCACCGCGCUGUUCUACGCUCGCCAGGCGGGAAGCCAGCUGUGCGCGGAUAUCCUGCUCCAGCACGGCUGCCCGAGCGAGGGCGGCAGCUCGGCCACCACGCCCAGCGCGGCCACCACGCCCAGCAUCACCGCCACGCCCAGCCCCCGCCGCCGGAGCAGCGCUGCCAGCGUGGGCCGCGCGGACGCCCCGGUCGCGCUGGUAUAGUUGCCGCCGGCAGAAACACCCCCACCCCCUCGCUAGCCGGGCACGACCUCACCGGGUGGACCGCCGGACAGAUGCACUCACCUACCCCUCCAAUCCGCACUCUGCCCCACGGGAGCACUUCCCACCCCCACGAAGACACAGCCCCCACGCCUCCCAGAAGACACAAACUCACCUCCCUCUCCCCACCGAGGCAUGGAGACCCCAGCUCAACAUGUCCCCUGUCCACCGUCCCCACACUCGGAUUGCUCUGGGUCUGCCCGCUAGGUGUUUGCGGACCGGGCCCCCGCCGCGGCCUGAGCUCCGGGGCUCUAGGACGCGCCCGCUUGCGCCCCCUGGGGGCGGGACAAGGACCCGGUCUUGCCUGCGCUGAAUCACCCCCACGGCGGGAACCCAAACCCAGGCUGGCUCCUGGGGCGAUGCCACGCCAGAGGGAGGGGUUAGUACGUAGGAGAGCUAGCCCUGGGACUUGGGGCCAAUUUGGGGACCCACCCCUUCCAUGCCGAUCUCACUGCCCAGUAAAGGGGGGAGGGGCAGCGAGGGGCAGGACCCCUGCUGCCUGUGGGGGUGGAGGGGUCCCCAACCCUUUCCGUGAAAGGGACCAUGAGGAGUGGAAAUUAGGACGUCCCCUUACACCUAUCUAUGGAUGGAAGCUUACGGGCUGGGGGAGCAAGAGCCUGGGUCCCUCCUCACUACUACUAUCUGGGGAGGGAGAAGGGAUGGAGGAGGAGCCAGCUAAGUGAGGCUGGGGGGUCCUUGUAAUUUAUUGCUUUGUUCCCCAACAUUGGGGACAGGGGCGGGCAGGGGCGUGGGGAGGGCGUUUUGGGGUAAGGGAAGCCAAGGGUGGGCAGGGGGUGGGAUGGGGUGGGAGUGCUCUCGGGUUGUGAGUGUCUGUGACCGUGACUGCGUACCUGUGACUGUGCAGCGCCCAUGGUGAUCUGGGGCAGGGGCGCCCCUACAAUGGGACCCCUCCCCCACUGUUCUCCUGUCCAGCCCCUCCCUCCCAUCGGAGCAGUUCCAGACCCUCACCCUCAUGAGCCCUUCCAGCGGGGCUGAGAGGAUGUGAGGUGACUGAGGGUUUCCAGGCCCCUUUCCCCAUCCCCAAAAAAGGGGUGGUGGGGUGGACUUAGCUGGCCCAGCCCUGCCUCCCUCAAUCAACCCAGUUCUUGGGCUGUCUGUGUCAGUGGUUUCUGGUCUUUUUUUUUUUUUUUUCCCCUGGCUAAAAUAUUUUGCAAAGGACCAGGUAAUUGGGGAGGGGAAUGGGGUGGGGUAGGGGGGAAUGCCCCCCUCAUCUCCUCAAGGCAGGUGGUGUGACUCUUCAACAGCAAUUAAAGAGGAAGUGAUUUUGUCUAGGGGGUGAGCUGCUGGUCUGUUCUUCAAGAGGCAGGUCAGGGUAUGGUUGUGGUCAAGGUGGGGAACUAGGGUGGGAGAGGGGCAGGCAGAGGUGGUUCCCACUGGGGCUAGUGGCAGGGCAGUACCUAUCGGCACAGGUGGUUUCCCUGUCUAUAACAGUUCUGGGGUCAUGUAGUAGAAGGACAUGGGCAGGUUGGGACAACAGUGGGGACCCUGGGAGCAGAGAAGUCCCUGACUCUCAAGAUGACCCCAGUCCUGGGGAAGAGUUGGAGUGUGAUGUGUAGAGGCGAGGGCAGGCCUGUGGAGAGAGGUGAGAAGAUGGGCAGCUUUUGUUAAGAGCAGGAACUUUGGACACAGAUCUGAUUUUGAAACCUGGCCCUCCAACUUCAUAGCUACAUAACCUUGGAUGACCUUAGUAGCAUGUGUUUGUAUUCUGAAAAAUAUCUGUUCAGAGGGUACCUAGCAAGCACUCCAGGGAGGCUGCCCCAGGCCGGCCUGCUCACUUUGAGCACCAGGUACCAGGUAGAGGUUGCAGUAGGGGCCCCUCUCUUGGCCCCAGUCAGGGUGCACUCCAGAGAGAUGGAAGAUAUCCUUGGAGAGAUUUCCAAGCUGGCUGCAGAGGUCCCUGGUGUCUAUACACUCCAUGCCAGCUAAGCAUUUGCCCACCUCUGUGUCAUCUAUGUGGCCAACAAGGCCACAGCAGCCUGAGGUUAGUGUUGCCUCCAUGAGCCAUAGCCUGCAUGUAGCCACUACCAAUACUUCUGUGAAGCUAAGAGAGAGGCUGGGGAGGGCAGUAUUGGGCCAGCAGGCUGUGCACGUUGGUCACAGCUGCCACAUGUGCCAUCUUCCUCAAGGAAUCAGUGGGUAGCA